UGCUCCGUUAGUUGGUUUGAUGAAGAUUUGGCGAAUGGUCACAUUUUGUGAGUUAACAUUCAGAUGCUAAUGCGCCAUCUGUAAAACUACUCAUCCAAACUCUCUUUACCAAACUACGGAAUUGACCCUGAAGGCACCUACCCGAAAGAGACAGGCAUUUAUUAUCAGUGCAUCAUCUAAAGUACGGUCAAAAUGUUUGAAAGCUUCCUUUAAGCAGAAUCGAGAAUCCAAUAUUCACCUUGGCUGUUAGCCAUGACAGCCCCUGAGAGAGGCUCACUCUGUUGUAUAAUUAUCACAUUGUGUACAACAGCUUAGAUUAAACAAUUGGACAGCGGGAUCGUGGGCCAAAGAAAAGUGCGAGGCAGGUGUUCGUUGCUAUGACUAGAAUUACUGUUUAUGUUGUCGGGAGCCAUCGGUAUUUUAUUUGAGCUGUUUUGUACGAUGAUGGCUCCCUCAGCGUUUAUGGCAGCUGUUUGUGCUGAGACACAUCUGCCCCUUUUCUAAACUGAGGUGAAAUAGCGAGGAAACCCAGCCACCUUCCCUGUGAAUCACGUUAACCCGGCCCCCUGUACUGAGAUGGCGUGAGGAGCUGUACCAGUCUGCUGUCAGAGGCUGGAUUUGAGAGAGAGAGAGAAAGAGGGCAUUCUAACCCCAGGUGCUCGCUGUGACACGGCCUCUCCUGCAAACACUUUGCUCGGACCCGGCCGGCUAAGGACUGGAAGCAAAAUCUCCUCCAACCUACUUCUGCUUUUCGUUUUUGCUUUUGUUGGCAAGAACUCGGCUUGAGUAGCGAGGGAUAAACGCAAGCGGAUCGUUUGAGACCAAGCAAAGACCCUGUUUAUAAAGGAAACUCUCGCAACAUUGCAAGAUGUGGACCUCUUACAUGAACGGGAUUCGAACGCAGAACAAAUUACGCAAAGACUAUAAUCAGGUGAAAGAUUCCAUUGUGUUUCCUCCAAUUGGCAAUGAUCUCCUAGGAAGCUCCUUUCCUCCUGUAAUUCGGAAAACGCAAGAGAGCAGCUCAAAGAAUCGAAGUCUCUCCAAUAGCUUGCAGGAUUUGUUCUUCACACCUCAGGUUCUGGACUCUCACAGAAUUUCAUAUACAAUCAGUGACCUUAAGGACAACAGAGCAGCAGAAUGUCAUUGGAGAGUGCCUUAUAGAAAAGUCAGCAAUGAUACAAACUGCAAGAUCAAGACCCAUUUACAGAAUCAUUUGCAUCAGCGACAUGUGAAGCGGAUCACACAGAGUUAUGAAUCCACGUCAAAAGCAAACAAGGACAAUGAAAGCUCUUCAGAGAGGAACAAAACCUUUCUACAUCUGGGACAGUCAUACAACGUUUCAUUAUAUAAAUCUGGCAGCUGCACAUCACCUCGACUCCUGAACAGUCCAACCGAGUGCUGUGAAGAUUUAUUAUCCUGUAGUCUGCAGAAUGAAUUGAGACACUUUGGAGAGACAAAGAUAGCACAGCAAAUGAGCCAUCCUGGAAAUGACUGUGAUGACUGUGAAACAUUUUCACUCCCAGCUGAUGCAAGCAGUCAAGUUGACAGUUUGGUGUCAGCUUCUUGCAAGGAGCAGGAAGAAGAGCAGGGUUUAGGACUGUGGCAAACUGAAAUUUCAGGAACUGAUAUCCAUCGUUUUGUAGUUGGAGAGCCAUCGAGUUCUGAGGAUAAACAAUGUGUAUCUGAGUGUCCAGAUUGGAACUCCAUGUCACAGACAGCGGAGUGCAAGGGGCCAGAAUCUCAGAAAGCUUUCAACUUGCCAAGUAUAGCAGUGUCGAAACGUUUGCCAUUACCAAUGGCAGAUGGAAAACACCUUUCAACAGCCAGCAACCCUCUAAUUGAAAUAAUGAAAGGAAAUAUCAAUAUAACCUGUUCACCUAAGAAGAAAAAGUUCAUGAUGUAUAUUUGUGGUGGCUACAAAGAUACAGAACACGAACGGAAUGCAUUAAUGGAGAAUGUAUACCCACAACUAAACAGUUAUUGUAAAGAAAGGGGUUAUGACCUCAGGAUGACUGACCUUAGGUGGGGCAUGAAAGAUGGAAUUAGUGACAAUCAUAUAAUGGCCCAACUACAUCUCGAAGUACUUAAGGAAUGCCAAACGUCAGAAGACUCCAUCUUUAUUCUUUUAAUUGGACAAAAGCAUGACUCGUUUUUCCUCCCUGACAGCAUUAUGAAGGAUGAUUUUGAAGCUAUUCUGAACUUUAUUGAGGCCAAGAAAAUGGAGAUGACAAAACGGCAGCAUGGAAAACACAACCCUGAGCACCACACGCUGAUUGAGGGCCCCAGACUCUGUGAGGAAUCUCACAGCAGAAAUCCUGAUCUGACAGACACUUCAACGCCAAUGGAUAAGGAGUUGCCAGAAAGCUGUGACACUGGAGCUAGUGAAAUCCAGUCUUCCCAUGUCCCUCAGGCACAUGACACAAAUGAUACUCUAGCUCAGUCUACACCAGACUUUGGGAAAGCAAUUGGGCUUCUUCAGCAGUGGUACAAGCUGGAUGAGAACUGCAUACCCAAUGCUUACAGGGUGCAGUCAAUAAGGACACACUUCAGAGACAUAUACAGUAUAGAUCCCUCACGUAGACAGCAUUCAAAGAAUAGCUGGUCAAGUUCUGCCCAGAAACUAUACAGUAUUCUCCAAGAAUAUGCACCUUUGGCACUCGGUAAAGAAAGAGCUUCAAAUCUUCUUAAAACAGCUAUAGAACGUGAGGUUGACCAGGGUCUACAAACAACGGGACCUCCAGAGGAUCACUGCUAUUGGUUUAAACGGUAUAUUACUGACAUCCAAUGCAACCUAUCAAGUGAGAAAGCUGCAGAUUAUGUUGAUGUCUGUCCACGGAUGCCAGAACUUAACAAAAAAUUGUAUGAAGCCCACACACAAUUCCUCAAAAGCAUUCAUGCCAAGCUUCGGCUCACCAAUAUUUAUGAGUACAAGGUCAGCUGGGGAAGGGAUGGAAUCAAUCCACAGCUUAACAGAUCCCACUUAUUCUACAUUGAACGCCUAUGUGCUGACUUCCAAAAAACCUUCAUCGCUCACUUUCACAGGAAUGUUGGCCCACGGAAUACUAAGAGAGGGCCAAAGAGAAGGUGUCACAUACUGAAACAUUGGGUUAGUGAAGAGACCCUAGAACAUGUACAUCAUUGUCAGACCCUAGCUGAAUCUUUCAUUGGAAGAGAAACUUCCUUGCUCAACUUGAAAGAAUUUCUACAGGAUUCGAAACAAAAACCCAUCAUCCUUAUCGGGGAAGUGGGAUGUGGCAAAAGUGCUCUCAUGGCCAAAGCAUCUCUGCUGGCUUCUGACUGGGUCUCUGGAGAUUUGCGGAAAAUUGUUCGUUUUGUUGGCGUGACUGGAGAAACCCGAAGUAUUCGCUUGCUUCUUCGCAGCCUGUGUGUCCAACUUGCUGAGAUAUAUGAUAAAGCAAUCUCUUUCUCAGAGGAUUUCUCAGGUUUGCUAAAUGAGUUCACUUCACUACUGGAAUUUGCUACAGAAGAUGAACCUCUCUUGAUCACUUUGGAUGGUUUGGAGGAGUUAUCUGAUGAUUACAAUGCUUGGAACCUUUCCUGGUUGCCAAGAGAACUGCCAAAAAAUGUCUAUUUCUUUGCUUCCAUGUCCGUUGAGGAGAAUCAGGCAACACUAAAGAAGUUGAAGGAACAUGGGAAUAUUCUUCAUGUGCCACCACUCAGCUCCACCGAAAUAGAGAAAAUAAUCAGUCAUUGGUUAGACAAAGACCAUCGAAGACUUGCAGCUGACCAGCUGUAUUUACUGCUGGAAGGCUGCUCUGCUUGUCCUACCCCUCUCUAUCUCCAGUGUGCAUACAGAGAGUCCCUCAACUGGCAAUCCUACAUCCCAGUCUCAGAUAUUUUUCUCCCCCAAAGUCUACAACAGUUGUAUUCAGCCAUUCUUAGUAGAAUGGAGAAGGAACAUGGAGUGGAGCUUGUGAAGAAAGUAGCAGGUUUGCUGACACUGUCAAGAAAUGGCAUCACAUUGGAUGAAAUGACUGAUCUGCUAUCUUCGGACCGGGUGGUCAUGCAGGAGAUCCAGCAGUUCCAAAAUAUCUCAAUUUUCAAGUUCCCUCUGGUACUUUGGAUGAAACUUCGAAGAGACUUGAACAUUCACAUAGCAGAGUGCAGGACAGACAACACUUAUACAUUUAACUGGUCUCAUUCAGCACUGAAACUUAAUUGCUUAAAGAGGUACUACUUAUCCAAUGAUGCCCAACUAUCUUUACACAUGACCAUAGCAAACUAUUUUUUUGGGAAACCAAUUGUCCCAGGAGAAUCAAACAACUAUAGCCAGCAAGAGGAGCGAAACAGUCAACCUCUGGCUUGGGUGCUCAAAAAGGAUUCUGAAGUAAACCACGUGUUUAAUCUACGAAAGUUGAAUGGAAUUCCUCACCAUCUGCUGAGGUCGAAUCAAGUAUCGACCCUGAUAGCUGACUGUCUUUUUAAUUUUGAGUUUCUGUUACAUAAAGCCUGGGGUUUAUCCAUUGUCAGUGUGGAAGAAGAUCUCCAAGCAACAAUGCUGCUAGAGAGGAAGGUUGGUGACUUGAACAUACUGACUGAAGCAAUUCAGCUAUCCAAACGAGUCUUGCUUCAGGAUCCUUGUCAGCUAGCUUCACAACUUCUUGGUCGAUUACAGCAGAUCAUUGCAGAGGACAAACCAGUGGCUCCAGGUGACCCGAAAAAAUACCCACAUCUUCUGCAUUUGAUCAAUCAGUGUAAACGAUCUUCAAUCCCUUUCCUCAUACCUUCAUUCACUUGCCUCUUGCCCCCAGGUGGCUUAAUGUAUGAUACUUUAACAGGUCAUACUGACACAAUUACAGCUGUAACAGGCAUGCAGAAAGGUCUACAAGCAAUCACUGCAUCCAAGGAUAGAACUCUGAAAAUAUGGGACCUCAAAAGUGGACAAACUUUGCAGACGGUUCAUAGAGUUGGUGAGAACAUUGAUUCCAUUACUGUCUGCAUGCAGAAUAGGCUGGUUGCAGUUACUGAGGAUAACUCUCUCCAAGUUUGGGAUAUCCAUUCAGGAAAACUGGUCUUCAAAAUCAGUGAUUCUCUGGAUCCUCCCAUUGUAACAUCUGCAAUGGAUGGGCAACUAUUAUUGGCAUUUUAUGAUGGAAGUCACUCUGUUAAGAUUUUUGACUUGACCAAUUCCUGCAGAGUGUUGCAUCAUGUAAAUAUAUCAUCAGAGGAUGACCCUAUACACAAGGAUCACACUGUCCUGGUAUCUGAGAACUCAGUGAAUGAUUAUGUUCUUUUUGCUUAUCGGAGUGGAAAAGCAGCUAUGGUGUUGAGUGCUAAAAAAGGAAAAGUAGUUACCAAGUUGUCAACCUGUGACAGUGUUGCGUCAAUCCAAGGCGUAGCAGUUACCAAAGAGUACUUCAUUUUAAUGUGCAGGUAUCCAUCCUCAAGAUUGUGUGAAGUGCUCCACAUUGAAUUAUUUGGUGUGAAGACUUUUGCUUACAUCCGCACAGUGAAAGGCUGUUGUGAUCAUCAUCUUUCUGUCCUGUCUGUUAAUCAUGUGGGUUCUCACAUAUUAGCACUGUGCAGCUCAUUUAAAAUGAACAUCACUGAGAUUGUCUCCUGGAACCUAGAAACUGAAGACCACAAACACUUGGCCAAGUUCUCUUCAACAGUGAUCGGAGGGACAUGCCUUGACCUGCAUUUCUGCCUGGCCAUCUGUAAUGGAGAAAAUUUCCUGCGGGUGUGGAACUUAGCUUCUAAGAUCAAUGAUCAGUCAUUGAGCAUCAGUGUGAAUAAUAUGAAGAACUUUGAAACGAUUGAGAAAAUCUCUCCAAUGAAAAGCUAUCCUGGGUAUGUAGUGUGCAUGAGCUUAAAUGCAGAGGCUAUCUCUGUUUGGAAUCUAAGAAAAUCCAAGUAUAUUGGACGAGCAGUCCAAUUAGAGCGGGGGCUGGUUGAAAGAACAAGCACUGUACUCGUGAGAGAUAUGAAACUUUACAUCCUUUCAGACAAGAGCUCAGCUACUUUCACAGAAACACCAAGGCCCAUUUUUCAGACACUCGUAAUGUAUGAUCUGCUGAAAAAAAGGUUCUCGAGGAAAUUGACUGGCCUGUAUAUUAUCCCUUGUCCUAAGCAUGAAUAUAGAAUUUUGCCAGGAGAUCUGCUGCUAGGGUUAUCUGAAUACAGAGAUCACCUUGUGAUCUGGAACCUGAAUAGUGGAUCAAUAAAGGAACGGAUCAGACCCACAUACAAAGACAAAUUUUCCUUAAAUGUCUUCCCUUACAACUCAAAAGACAAUCUCUACAAAGAGCUUCUGGCCAAGAAGAAAAAAGAAAGAGAUACGAAAGGAUCAGGAGCAUUUCUCACUCCCUGGGAAAAGCGCAAUGAAACAAAGACAGCACGCAAAAGGAGGCUGGACAAGGAAGUAAAGCAGGAAAUUGAAAUAUUGCAGCAGUUCUCAAAUGAGAAAUCUAACCCCAUUGAUCAGUACCUGCUAAGUGGGGAUGAGAAGAUAAUUGUCUGCUCUUACUUUGCACAUCAUCUUGCUGUCUUCAGCUUGGAGACAGAGUCUCAUAUUCAGACCCUUGAAGACAGGACAUCCAUGCUGUUCUUGCACAUAGCUGCAUUGACAUACAGUGGUAGCUAUCUAGCAUUGUCAAAUUAUAAUGACACGGAGAAAGUUAGUUAUGUCACAUUGUGGGACUUACAGACUGGGAAGAUCAAGAAACGUUUAAAACAUGAACCAAACGUCUGCUGUAUUGCAAUCACGAGCGAUGCUGACCGAAUUGUGUUUGGUGUUGUGGAAGCAAACAGACUGAAGGUGUGGGACCCGUUCAGAAAAGGCCACAAGACAAUUCCAGGAUAUGAAAACCUUCACUUUAGAACAAACAGUACUGUGCAUUUGACAGAUGGCGGAUCGAAAGCAAUUGUUUUGGCAGGUGACGUGAGUAUUUGGGACCUUGAUAGUGGUUCAGUACUGUCCGUUUUUACACCAGACAGUGUUAUUCAGAGCAUGACUUUAGCACUUGAGAGCAACCUCAUUCUUCUUGGCAUAAGCAACAGCCCUGUCCUCAUCGUCUUAAAGCUGACAUCAAAGAACAAAUUGGAAUUAAGUUCCACAGGAGGAAACAUGUUUGGAGAAGAAUCUAGCAGCGAGGAAGACGACAAUUUUAACGAUGAUUAUGGUCUUCCUCAAGCAUGAAUACAAAUAUUUUAACCACUGGUUGAGCAGUGUCAGCUGAAUACAUUAGAUUGAUAGGGUCCAGUGCCAUUUUCUGAUCACGACUGAAGUUUUCACUUAUGCUGCAUCACAGUAGUUCGAUUGAAGCGCCGACCCCUUUCAAUUGCCAGGUUAUAAAUUAAUAUCAACAUGCUUAUAUUAUUUGGAACUUCCAAAUAAAAUCAGAGUUAAUACAUUAGCUGAUGUUUAACAUUCAACUUGAAUGGAUUAGCACAUCUUCCUGAGUGGUUAGAAAUCAGCAGUAAACUGAUGGUUCAUUCAGACAGUAUACUUUCCCGAUACAGUGACCCCUGUUCUAUGUGAAUAAUUAUUUUUCAAUGUCUUAUUAUACACAUUGAAAUACUAACCUCCAUUCUCUUGACAUUUUAUA